AAAACCUAAUAAUAUAUUAUUAGGAGAUGACAUGACCUCAUAUAUAGCAGAUUUUGGUAUUGCCAAAUUACUAUUUGGAAACUCCAUGGACUCAGAAGCUUCUACAAAUGCACUCAAAGGUUCGAUUGGUUACAUUCCACCAGAGUAUGGAAUGGGUAGCAAUGUGUCUACAAAGGGAGAUGUAUAUAGUUAUGGUGUUCUACUUCUGGAGUUAUUUACAAGGAGAAGACCAACAGAUGAUAUGUUUGUAGAAGAAAUCAAUCUUCAAAAAUGGGUAGAGAUGAAUUUUCCAGAUAAAAUCACGGAAGUGCUGGAUAAUAACAUGCUUAAAGAUGUUAAUGAAUCAGAAAUAUCACCUGUAAUGCAAUGCAUUACUGAAGUUCUACAAAUUGGAUUGGUUUGCACAAACAAUUCUCCGCAACGACGUCCUAAUAUGACAGAGGUGGUUGAAAAAUUGAACAAACUUGUAAGUACAUUUCUGGGUUCUCCUAGAACUUUUCAGUUACCCAUAGACAUCUCACAUAUGAUUGAAGAUACAAGUGCUGCAAGAGGAUUUGUAGGGGAGAGCAAUGAAAGUACCUCUACAUCCUAGCUCUUUACUCAAUGAAUCUAAUUCUUAAUUAGACAUUAUGUAUGGUUAUUAGGAGAACAUAUAUAGUCCCGUCUGAUUAUGGAGUGUGAUCUUGAAUCCAUCCAAACUAUUGAUAGAAUCUAUGCAUCUAUGCAUCUAUCCAUCAA